AUGGCGGGGUGCAGGGGGUCCCUGUGCUGCUGCUGCAGGUGCUGCUGCUGCUGCUGCUGCGGCGAGCGUGAGACCCGCACCCCCGAGGAGCUGACCAUCCUUGGAGAAACACAGGAGGAGGAGGAUGAGAUCCUUCCAAGGAAAGACUAUGAGAGUUUGGAUUAUGAUCGCUGUAUCAAUGACCCUUACCUGGAAGUUUUGGAGUCCAUGGAUAAUAAGAAAGGUCGAAGGUAUGAGGUGGUGAAGUGGAUGAUGGUGUUUGCCGUUGGAGUCUGCACUGGGCUGGUGGGUCUCUUUGUGGACUUUUUUGUGCGACUCUUCACCCAACUCAAGUUUGGAGUAGUACAGACAUCGGUGGAGGAAUGCAGCCAGAAAGGCUGCCUUGCCCUGUCCCUCCUUGAACUCUUGGGUUUUAACUUGACCUUUGUCUUCUUGGCCAGCCUUCUUGUCUUAAUUGAGCCAGUGGCAGCAGGUUCUGGGAUACCUGAGAUCAAAUGCUAUCUGAAUGGCGUGAAGAUUCCAGGAAUCGUCCGUCUCCGGACUCUGCUCUGCAAAGCCUUUGGAGUGCUGUUCAGUGUGGCUGGAGGGCUCUUUGUGGGGAAGGAAGGCCCCAUGAUCCACAGCGGAGCAGUGGUGGGAGCUGGCCUCCCUCAGUUUCAGAGCAUCUCCUUACGGAAGAUCCAGUUUAACUUCCCCUAUUUCCGAAGCGACAGGGACAAGCGAGACUUUGUGUCAGCAGGUGCGGCUGCCGGAAUCGCUGCAGCUUUCGGGGCCCCAAUUGGGGGUACCUUGUUCAGUCUGGAGGAGGGCUCGUCCUUCUGGAACCAAGGGCUCACGUGGAAAGUGCUUUUUUGUUCCAUGUCUGCCACCUUCACCCUCAACUUCUUCCGUUCUGGGAUUCAGUUUGGAAGUUGGGGUUCCUUCCGGCUCCCGGGAUUGCUGAACUUUGGAGAGUUUAAGUGCUCUGACUCUGAUAAAAAAUGUCAUCUCUGGACAGCUAUGGAUUUGGGUUUCUUCGUCGUGAUGGGGGUCAUUGGGGGCCUCCUGGGAGCCACGUUCAACUGUCUGAACAAGAGGCUUGCAAAGUACCGUAUGCGAAACGUGCACCCGAAACCUAAGCUUGUCAGAGUCUUAGAGAGCCUCUUGGUUGCUCUGGUAACCACUGUGGUGGUGUUUGUGGCCUCGAUGGUGUUAGGAGAGUGCCGACAGAUGUCAUCUUCGAGUCAAAUCAGUAAUAACUCAUUCCAGCUCCAGGUGACAUCAGAAGAUGUGAAUUCCACUAUCAGGACAUUUUUUUGUCCCAAUGAUACCUACAAUGAUAUGGCCACACUCUUCUUCAAUCCCCAGGAGUCUGCCAUCCUGCAGCUUUUCCACCAGGACAGUACUUUCAGCCCCAUCACCUUGGCCUUGUUCUGCAUCCUCUACUUCUUACUUGCGUGUUGGACUUAUGGUAUUUCUGUUCCGAGCGGCCUUUUUGUGCCUUCUCUGCUAUGUGGAGCUGCUUUUGGACGUUUAGUCGCCAAUGUCCUAAAAAGCUACAUUGGAUUGGGCCACAUCUAUUCAGGGACCUUUGCUGUGAUUGGUGCCGCAGCUUUCUUGGGUGGGAUCGUCCGUAUGACCAUCAGUCUCACAGUCAUCCUGAUUGAGUCUACCAACGAAAUCACUUACGGGCUUCCCAUUAUUAUCACACUCAUGGUGGCCAAAUGGACCGGGGACUUUUUCAAUAAGGGCAUUUAUGAUAUCCACGUGGGUUUGCGAGGUGUGCCUCUUCUGGAGUGGGAGACGGAGGUGGAAAUGGACAAGCUAAGAGCCAGUGAUGUCAUGGAGCCCAACCUGACCUACGUCUACCCGCAUACCCGCAUCCAGUCUCUGGUUAGCAUCCUGCGUACUACAGUCCACCACGCCUUUCCUGUGGUCACUGAGAACCGGGGCAAUGAGAAGGAAUUCAUGAAGGGCAACCAGCUUAUUAGUAACAACAUCAAAUUCAAGAAAUCCAGCAUCCUCACCCGGGCUGGUGAACAGCGCAGACGGAGCCAGUCCAUGAAGUCCUACCCAUCCAGCGAGUUGCGGCACAUGUGCGAUGAGCACGUGAUCUCUGAGGAGCCAUCUGAGAAGGAAGACCUCCUGCAGCAGAUGCUCGAGAGGAGAUACACUCCCUACCCCAACCUAUACCCUGACCAGUCCCCAAGUGAAGACUGGACCAUGGAGGAACGCUUCCGCCCUCUGACCUUCCAUGGCCUGAUCCUUCGGUCACAACUUGUCACCCUGCUCGUCCGGGGAGUUUGUUAUUCUGAAAGUCAGUCGUGCGCCAGCCAGCCACGCCUUUCCUACGCUGAGAUGGCCGAGGAUUACCCACGGUACCCUGACAUCCAUGACCUGGACCUGACGCUGCUGAACCCACGGAUGAUCGUGGAUGUCACCCCAUACAUGAACCCUUCACCCUUCACCGUCUCGCCCAACACUCACGUCUCCCAAGUCUUCAACCUCUUCAGAACGAUGGGCCUGCGCCACUUGCCUGUGGUGAAUGCGGUGGGAGAGAUCGUUGGAAUCAUUACACGGCACAACCUGACUUACGAAUUUCUACAGGCCCGGCUACGGCAGCACUACCAGACCAUGUGAUGGCCCAGCCUCGCUGCCACGGGCCAGUCCACCCUCUCCUGGAGCUGCUGGGGAGACAGCUCACUCCUGCUCCGGCCAGCACAGCUGGCUGGGGCGAUCCAGGUCACAGAAGAUUCUCAGUCACCCACCCGGCUUGGAAAGCCUACAGUCAUUGAACACUGCUGGUCAGAGAUCCUGGGGUGGUAUUGAACCACACAGUUUGGACUUUUCUAACUUCCUUAACAAGUAUCUCCCUGUUCCCUGCUUCCUGUGUUCCUACCAUCCAGUGUUGGCCAAGGCCCACCUCAGGCCCCCCAUUAAAGCCAGGAGCAGAGGUUGGAGCCAGGCCGAACCCCCUGGGGUGACACUCUGAGCAGGUUUUCUGCCCCAUCCCUGCUGCUUCCUAGAGAACCCAGCUGUUGCCUUAAACCCUGUGGGAGGGACUUUGGCCAAGGCACACGCUGGGAGGAUGCCAGUUGCAAAAUUAAUACUAAAUUUAGGAAUUGGGCACUGAAAAUUCCCCGUGUUUCAGGGAGUCCUUCCUUUGUUGGGACUCUUACCUCAAACUUUUCUGUAGUUCAUUUUAAGGGAAAUGUUCUGCUUCCUAGGUAUGAGCAAGUACUCUGGUCUUGACCCUGCGGUUUGAAUCCCCUUAGAACCACCACCUGCAGAAGCACAAAGCAUUGAAAUCCCACUAGUAAUCUCUGAACGGCAAAUCUGAUAAGAGGGUUGGAGUUAAGUCUACCCUAACUUUUAACAUUUCAGCUUUCUCUCCAUUUGCAAAUUACUCAUGGUCUCCUAGUAACGCAUUUCCCCCCUGGUCCGUUCCUGAUCCUUUUCAUCUCCAUGAUGUACUAAACUUAAGGUUUGAUCUCUGUCUUCCCGGGGAAGCAGCCAAGCUCCAAGGAUCUUGGCAUCACCCACCAAAGUUAACUAAAAGCAGGGUACCCUCCCCUACAUAAAACCGCUUCACUGAACUCUGAGGAAUGGUAGUUUUUUACAAGUUGGAAAAGAGUCAAUCCUGAGCCAGUGGCCACUCAAAGGUACAGGUUAGGAUAAAGCAGGUGGUUUAUUUGAGGAAGAGGGUGGCUCCCUUCCACAAACAUCUCUCGCUCACCUGCUGCUAGCCAUCCCCAACCUACUGAGGGCUCAGAAACUUCAAGAGGGUCUGCUGCACGGCAGGUGGGUGGGGUGGUGGGAAGGAGGAGAUGCCUCCUGCCAGCACAGGCCUGAAGGUCUUAGCAUUAAGCAUAGGGACCCACUCGCCUCCCCUUCAGGCUAUUGGCACUCUCUCUCUGAGUAGGCAUCGGAAGUGAGUGUCUGGGUUUCAGGCAUUUGCCCUUAUCUCCCUCUGACUUCUUCACCUUAGUCCCACCAAGCAUCCCUGUGGCAGACAUGCUUUGAGACUCAAGAUGGCAUUCAUUUGCAUUUAGUUUUUUUAAACCAUGGAAGUUGCCUGAGGGCAUCCACAUCCAGCCGUGGUGAGGCCAUUCGCUGUCCCUCAGCCUCAGAGUGACUGUCUUAGCCUUUCAGCCUGGGGCAGGUGUCAGUGCUGGCUCUGCUGGCCCGGGUCUCAUGCUCAGCACACCCUAGGGACUAAUUCCACUUUAGUGAGAGGGCGGCUUCGGGAUCUUUCCCAGUGACUAUGCGGCCCCCCGCCCCCCAAUCCUUCCCAUUUUCUUGCCUCUUUGACCAAAAUUACUUUGCUGAAUUUUUCAGCUUCCCUCGAUGGACCAGACUUAUGAAAUGGGGAUGAUACUCCCAAUAAAUAGUUCAGGAAAUCACAAGGACCAAAAAGGCAAACCCUUUUAAAUGCGAUUGUGUUCACCUAGCUGCCGCUUUAUUUUAUGGUGGCAUUCGGAGUUUGACCACAUUCUUUCUUCUGUUAAGAAGGAACCCAUUCGUCCAAGUCAGGAGUCUGGCAUGACCACCUAUUACUUUGUCCCCUCUUUCCACUCUUCUGUGGGACUGGCAGAGCUAAAGCCCUGCAGGAGGUCCCUGGGCUCUAGAGGGCUGGGUCUCUUGCCUCGGGCCUGCCCGGGUGAACAUCAUUGGAAUUUAUUCCUCGUGCACAUCGUGUUGUGUUUAAGUCACCAGAUAGUUUGUUCCCAUCAGUGUAGCCCAGAGAUAGACAGCAGAAUGCAAAUAUCUCUGCCCGCCUCAACCAACUGGAUGACUGCCAAGGAGGACCCAAACUCAGGCCCCUCUGGAAAGGCGUGUGGUUUCCUGUCCCCCUCUGUCUGCUUCUGCCCUUUCCAGAGAAGCCCAAAGACACAACUUCUCCACCCAUAACAAAUAACUGUAAGCCUCACUCCUUCCAUCUCUGUCCAAGAGAAGCCAGCACCUGCAGCAUCUCACUUGUCACUAGCUCCUCACCUCCCAGUGAUCUGGCACCUCAAUAAAACACAUCCACACAAGAGAAUCUGGGGUUGGCUAUAGGUGGUUUGCUGUGUUCGUCCCCAACUUGGUAUUUCAUGGCUCCCUGGCUGAGGCGAUCAGGGAGCGGGGCUGAUGGAUCUCCACUCCCGACUGUGGGACCUUUCUGCUCUGCAGGAUGAUUUGUUCAUGACUUCGUUUAACAGUUCCUGGCUGGAACGGACACUUGUUUGACCUAGUGGACCAUAUGACAUUUCUGAUGCAGAAUUGUGCACUGACAUGGCCCUUGUGACAAAGAAGCUUCCAAAAAGGCCAGAGUGGCCCACCUGGGCCUGCAGUACUGAUGUGCAGUGUUGCCCCCUGGCUCCUGCGGGUCUUGGUCUUUUCAACAGUCGCAGCUUCCUUCUUUCUGUUUGCGCUGUUUGUGUAUAUGGUAAUGUUAGCUAACUUCGCAGU